UUUAAUUUCUUUUGCUUGAUUUUCUUGUUCUCUCGGGCCGUGUGGCCCCUGGAUUCCGCCCCCCCCCCUUCCUGGCUCCGUAUAAAUCACUCCACACAAACUUUCUUUGCCUCGAUCCCAUUUAUCCCGAACGCUUUUCACUUCCUGCUUUGCCACCAGUCCUUUCCCUGUGCUCUAAUAUACAUCUGGGCUGUGCUUUCUUUCUCUGACUCCUUCACUCUUUCCCGCAUUGUCACCUUAUGUUGUCCUACCUCUCUCUCAUCACUUUCCUAACUCAGAAGCUUCUUACCUUUAAGCCUGCACUCCAAAUGUCUGAUCCAAAUACUGUGAUUUCUACUCCUCACUCAUCUGGUGCUCCAAUCCCCCUCCCUUGUCCAACCAGGUAUCCCUUUUCUUUUUGCAUUGUUUCACUCCUUUCCUAGCACUUUUAUGCCUGCCUAAAACAGGGAAGAGUUGGCUUCCAUAGCAACAACGUUAAUUAAGAGCUGAAGAAGCUUCUUGGAUGAGAAGCAAAACGUCUUCAAAGAAAAACCAGAACCUGCAGUUGCAACUUGAAAAAGCACCUUUGGGACAAUUUCAUUAAUUGUUCUCAAAUGCUGAGGUGGAAGCUGAUGUGGUUAGUACCUGUACCUUGACCAUGGCUUUGCUGAGCUCUGAGGGAACAGCUGAAGGGAGCUUGGGGACCAGUAGCAACUCUUGCCCACUGUGGACCGUGUUGUAUGACUAUGAAGCCACUGGAGAAGAUGAGCUGAGUUUGCGUCGAGGGGAAAUGGUGGAAGUUUUGUCUAAAGACGCAGCGGUGUCUGGAGAUGAUGGGUGGUGGGCAGGUAAAAUCCAUCAUCGUCUUGGCAUCUUCCCAGCAAACUAUGUAACUUAUCAGCCAGGCUGUUACCAACAUCCCCAGUUAGGGUUGUUGGAGAAGACUGGACAUCAAACCCAAAACCUGACCACCGGUGAUGGGCACCCUGUAGAUCACGAAGAUCAUAUGGGUCCUCUAGCAGAGAUUGACUUCCAGCAUCUGGAACUGCAAGAGAUUAUUGGAGUUGGAGGCUUUGGUAAAGUUUAUAGAGCAAUAUGGAAAGGCCAAGAAGUUGCAGUGAAAGCAGCCCGGCAAGAUCCAGAUGAGGACAUCAUGGCCACGGCAGAGAAUGUGAGGCAGGAAGCAAAGUUCUUUUCCAUGUUGAAACAUCCAAAUAUCAUUGAACUUCAUGGUGUAAGUUUGCAGGAGCCCAACCUCUGUCUAGUUAUGGAAUUUGCCAGGGGAGGACCCCUCAAUAGAGCUUUGUCAGGUACUUUCCCCACCGCUAGUGGGAGCCACUGGGGCCGUCGCAUUCCUCCUCAUAUAUUAGUCAACUGGGCAGUACAAAUUGCUCGAGGGAUGCUUUACUUACAUGAAGAAGCCAUCGUCCCCAUCCUUCACAGAGACCUCAAGUCAAGUAACAUACUGUUGCUUGAGAAGAUAGAAAAUGAUGAUAUUCACAACAAAACUCUGAAAAUCACAGAUUUUGGCUUGGCAAGAGAGUGGCACAGAACAACCAAAAUGAGUACUGCAGGCACCUAUGCAUGGAUGGCUCCUGAAGUCAUCAAAUCAUCAAUGUUUUCUAAAGGAAGUGACCUUUGGAGUUAUGGCGUAUUGCUGUGGGAACUGCUUACGGGAGAGGUUCCUUACCGUGGCAUUGAUGGUCUUGCUGUGGCUUACGGCGUUGCUGUCAAUAAGCUUACUUUGCCCAUUCCAUCCACCUGUCCUGAACCAUUUGCUAAACUAAUGAAAGAGUGCUGGGCACAGGAUCCCCAUAUCCGGCCAUCAUUUACUAUGAUUCUUGAACAGCUGACUGCCAUUGAGAGAGCUGUACAGACUGAGAUGCCUCAAGAAUCUUUCCAUUCUAUGCAAGAUGACUGGAAACUGGAAAUCCAGCAGAUAUUUGAUGAACUGAGAACCAAGGAAAAAGAGCUGAGAUCCAGAGAAGAAGAAUUAACAAGAGCUGCUCUUCAUCAGAAAUCUCAAGAAGAGUUGUUGAAACGGCGAGAACAGCAGCUCGCAGAACGGGAGAUUGACGUAUUGGAACGUGAAUUAAAUAUAUUGAUAUUCCAGUUAAAUCAAGAGAAGCCUAAUGUUAAGAAGAGAAAAGGGAAAUUUAAAAAAAGUCGAUUAAAACUUAAAGACGGGAACAGAAUUAGUCUGCCUUCAGAUUUUCAGCAUAAAAUCACGGUGCAGGCUUCCCCAAAUAUAGAUAAGCGCAGAAGUUUACAAAGUAAUAGUUCUAGUCCACCAAGUAGUCCUCCAAUAAUUCCUCGCCUUCGAGCUAUACAAUUAACCUCAGAUGAGAGCAACCGAACAUGGGGAAGAAGCACAGCUUAUCACCAGGAAGAAUUUGAAGAGGUGAAAAGAAGCUUUAAAAAGAAAGGUUGUACUUGGGGACCAAACUCCGUUCAAAUAAAAGAGCGUGCAGACUGCAAAGAGAGAAUAAGACCUCUCUCAGAUGGUGGUAGUCCUUGGUCAGCACUUUUGAUGAAGAAUCAUAAAGGUGUCCCAUUAGCUUCUUUGUUCAUGGACCAAGAACCGAAACUUUCCCCUGAAGGCCUUGAUCCUAAGCGACCAAAGCAGUUAAAAUUGCCAAAUCAGGCUUAUAUUGAUCUACCUCUUUGGAAGGAUGACCAAGAACUACAUUCUGCAGAACAGGACAGCUUUGAAGGAAAUUCUGCAAAUUCUGCAAAUAGCACUCCACAAAUGACCCCAACCAAUAGUAUCAGCAGAACGUUACAGAAAAAGAAAACGGACACUGUAUUGUAUGGUUGUGCUGUCCUUCUAGCCUCUAUAGCUAUAGGCUUAGAUAUUAGGGAGCCGAACAGAUUGCAAAGUGGGGAUGAAAUGUUGCCAAAGGAGGAAAAGAAGAAACGCGACAGCCUGUUUCAGCGAGCAUCGAAGUUUCGGAGGAGUGCAAGCCCUGUGAGAUUACAGCCUAAGAGAGAGGAGGCAUGUAUCCCUUCAUCAUCUCCAGGUGCGAGUACAGUGAACCUCCUGUCCAUAUCUUCCAUUUCUACUAAAUGCCUCCUUCAGUCUGACAAUGAGGAUGCAACUAUGAGCACAGCGCCUGGCAAUGAAGAUGUUCCCAUUGAACCUUUUUUGCCUGGAAGUCAGACAGGUAAACAAGAACAACUAGACAAAGUCGAUCGGACUGUCCACCCUGAUUUGCCAUCUCCCAGUCUUCCUUUGAAGCAAGAACCUCAAUGUGCAGCCAGUGCCAUUUCUUCGAAAGUCAAAGUGUGGGGUCAUAGGCGGACCAGGUCAGAUGGAAAUGCGUGUCAUUCCAUAACUAAUGGAAUUUCUGAUGAAACUCUUGGGAAUCUGCACGCAUCUGCUACGCCACAAACAAACUUUCAAAAUGACCUUUCACCAGGGAAGCAAGAAAUUGUCAAUAUUAUCCCAAGACCUCGACCUUCUUCUUUAAGAAGCAAAUUGGAUCCCUGGCUGGCUAUUUCUCAAAAUAUAAAGCCAAACCCUUUUGAAAUGGGUAAUUUAGAGGCCGACAGAGAUUCAAAGGCUAAGUCACUGACUGAUACCAAGGAGAGAACUAAAUUCCACAUGCCCUCUUUAUUGGAUAUGGACGUGGAAGGUCAGAAUAGUGACUGUACAGUCCCUUUGUGUAGGAUGAAGAGUAAAGCCGGUCGGCCAUCAAUAUAUGAACUGGAGAGAGAAUUCUUGUCUUAAGUGCCUUGGAAUUUUUAGCCUGUUUUAAGAAUAAACUUUCAUGCUGCUCUUUUCUAAAUGUGAUCAGUAGAGUUUGAUAUCAUGCUAGAUAGAUGAAAUAUUACAGGCAAUGAUCACUGUAAGCCCAUAGGUAGUUUAAUUGAUUCUACCAUCGCUAUCCUGAAUGAAUACACAUAUGUGGAUGUCAAUAAAGUUUUUCACAAUUUUGAUUUUUCAUUCUUUUUGCCAAAGGUC